AUGGCGACUCUCCUCCUUCCCAUCUCUGAAACCCCAACAUUGAAAUCGAAAACCCUCGUCAAUUUCUCAUCUCUGUCUGAAAACAUGUCGUUUUUAGGGCAUCGGUCUCCUCAGUUCAUACUUCCUGGGACACUCCGAAUCUCCUCUGCUCGAUCAGCUGCUGUCCAGAGUUCCUCCCAAACCCAGAUUUCUCCUGGAACUGAGUCGACUCCAACAUCUGACAUCCCGCUUAUUUCUAGCUCAGAGGCAGUCAAGAGACUAAGAGAGUUCCGGGCAAGUUAUGAGAGUAAGCAGCAAUAUUUGGCUAUGUACUCUAGUAUUUUCGGGGGGAUUACAACUGAUCCAGCAGCUAUGGUGAUCCCUUUGGACGAUCACAUGGUCCACAGAGGGCAUGGAGUUUUUGAUACUGCAGCCAUUUUCGAUGGAUAUGUUUACGAACUGGAUCAACACAUGGACCGUUUCGUGAGGUCGGCAUCAAUGGCCAGGAUAAUUCCCCCCUUUGACGAAGAAACCAUUCGGAAAAUCCUCUUAAAAACAAUGAGCGCCUCCAAGUGUCGGGAGGGCUCGUUGAGGUACUGGCUCUCGGCGGGUCCCGGCGACUUCCUUCUGUCCCCGUCCGGCUGCCACUGCCCCGCCCUCUACGCCAUCGUGAUGUCUGGGCCCACCCACAGCAACAGGGGCAUUAAGGUGAUCACAUCCUCAAUCCCCAUAAAGUCCCCGCAGUUUGCAGUGAUGAAGAGUGUGAACUACCUCCCCAACGUGCUUACAAAGAUGGAGGCAGAGGAGUGUGGAGCAUAUGCCGGGAUUUGGUUGGAUGAAAGGGGUUAUGUAGCCGAGGGACCCAACAUGAACGUGGCCUUUGUGACAGAGGCCCGGGAGCUGCUAAUGCCGAGGUUCGACCGCAUCCUCAGCGGAUGCACGGCCAAGAGAGUGUUGGCGCUGGCGCAAGGCUUGGUGGGGGAAGGGAUGAUAAAGGACGUCCGGGUGGCUGAUGUGGCGGUGGAGGAAGGGAGGAAGGCGCGGGAGAUGAUGCUUAUUGGGAGCGGGACCUACGUGUGUCCAGUGCUGCAGUGGGACGACCAAGUCAUCGGUGAUGGUGAGGAAUUCGGUUAA